AGUAGUGCUGCUGAUCACAUCCUGAUCCAGUCCUGUCCUCACUGUCAGAUCCAGCCUCAGGAGAUCAGUCCUCCUCCCACAGCAAACCUGGACCGCUCCAGUGAUAAGGUGUAUGAGCACGUGACGGGGCUGGUGAAGGCCGUGAUCGAGAUGUCCAGCCGCAUCCAGCCCGCGCCGCCCGAGGAGUACGUCCCCAUGGUGAAGGAUGUUGGACUGGCGCUCAGGACUUUACUGGCGACGGUGGACGAGACCAUCCCAGUGUUACCAGCCAGCACUCACAGAGAGAUCGAGAUGGCUCAGAAGCUGCUGAACUCGGACCUGGCGGAGCUCAUCGGUAAGAUGCGUCUGGCGCAGCAGUACGUCUUGACCAGCCUGCAGCAGGACUACAAGAAGCAGAUGCUGACCGCGGCUCACGCGCUCGCCGUCGACGCCAAGAACCUGCUGGACAUCAUCGACCAGGCGCGGAUGAAGAUGCACUGACUCCUCCUGAUGCUGGAUCAUCAGCC